AUGGCUUCAGUGAAUGCAAGUACCCUUCCAUGGAUUCCUAAUCCUCCAAUCUACACAGCUUUCAUUGUUACGUUGGCUAUUCUUCUCAUCUGCAGUACUGUUGUCGGAAACUUUCUGGUAGUCGCCACCUUCCUCAAAACCGAUCGUCUCCGAAGACCUACCUACUAUCUUUUAUCUAGUUUAGCCUUUGUCGACCUAUUAAACGGUGCUAUCAGCAUACCAGUAGAAACAUUCAACAGAUCUGUCUUCAUUGAAGUGACAUGUCUUUACACCUACUCAAGGUAUCUCUCGUCGUUCACCUAUCUAUUUGGCGGGAAUUCACUGCUUCACAUCGUCAUGGUAACCUUGGAUCGUUACAUCGCUGUUCAUAAACCUCUUCGGUACGAAGCCUUGGUCACCUCGAAGCGAAUCGCAUUCGGGAUACUCCUCAGCUGGUUGAUGAGCAUCUUGUUUGUCAUCGGUCUGGUUGGUAAAGAUGAAGAUGCAAGUCUCGUCGGAAACUACUGCGCUGGUACUAUCACUCAAACGGAUCACCUGUAUAGGAUUGGGAUCAUCAUCCUGAUGAUAAUCAUCAUCUUGUCCUCACUAACGUUGGUCAUCCUCAACAUGUUGAUUCUUCGUACAGCAUUGCACCAUGCACGAAGGAUCGCUCAGAUGGAACAAGCCGUUGGUCGAGGACGUCAAGAAGAAAGCGUCUCUCGUAUCAAGGCUUCAAAGAUAGUCACCACGAUCACCCUUGCGUUUUUUGUUUGUUACAUACCCACGAGUAUAGUUCAUGUCGCCAUUGUUAUCGACAAUGGUCUGUUUAAUCGUCCUUUUGACGACAUGGCAGCGUUUAUAUUUUAUCUUAGCUCUGCGGUGAACCCGGUGAUAUACUGCUACCGUGAUCGUUUGUUCCGUGAAAAUGCAGUCAGAUUCUUCAAAGACAUAACUGUGUGGAGAAAACUAUGUUCUUCUGAAUCUACUUUUGAUUAAGCAUGGGGUCAAACGAAGAGUGAA